AUGAAUAUCUCUGAGGAGUCUAAUUCUCAAUGCUUUACAACUCAACCACAGGGGUCAUUCUUGGGAAAUGACAAUGCUAUUGUCUUUACGGACGAAGACAUGGAAGUUCCAUACCCGGACCAUAGGAGGCCGCUUUACUUGGAGGGACAGAUCAAUGAUGUGUUCAUAAGGAGAGCUUUGGUGGACACGGGUUCCUCUGUCAACAUAUUACCUCUGUCUGUGCUUACGGCAGCUGGUAUCCCAUUGUCCAAAAUUGUCCAAUCACAAACAAACAUCAGUGGUUUCGGGAAUAAGAGUGAGGUCACAGUCGGGCAUCUACAAGUACAUUUGAAGGUUGGGCCAAUUCGGUCACUUACUAAGUUCUAUGUUGUGGAUGUGGAUGUGGCUUACCAUGCUUUGCUUGGAAGGCCAUGGCUCAACAAGCAUAAGCUUGUGGUCUCUACCUAUCAUCAAUGCGUAAAAGGAAGGAUUGGGCUGAGGCCGCUACGCAUACCUGGAAACCAAGCACCUUUCAACAAAGAUGAAGCUCACUACUCUGAAGCAGAAUUCUACACUGAAUGCACAGGUGCUGGAAGCAAUCCAUCCAAGGAUUUCGGGACCUACCUUCCUUCGUGGACUGAAAUUCGUGAUUUAAGCAAUGAGGAGCUCAUCACCAUUGUUGAUCGAGAGAGAAAGAGGCACUCGGAAGUCAACAACCAUGCCUAUGAUCAUCCCCAAUGCUCAAAGGUGACGCUGCCCGAUGGACGUAUCGUGUACCGCUUAUGA